UAUGUCACCAUCGUCUCUGGUCUCUGUGUUUCACGGCUGCCCCGUUUUUAUUCAGGAACAUUCCCGCUGCUACAGCAACUGCUUUUUCACCUACACGGAGAACAACCGGACAUUGACAUUUGACCUCAGUCCCAUGAGCGAUGUAGGUUCUCUGGUCAUCGGGCCAAGCUUCACCUCCAAAGGCACAAAGUACCUCCACCUGUUUAACGUCAGCCUCUGUGGCCAUGAGGGAAAACGAGCCACCAUCUGCACCAACAACGUCACCAACGUGUCAAGCAAAGACGACCAGAGCGACCUGAGUUUGUCAACGCGGUGGACAGUUUCAUCUGUCAAUCAACCAUCAUCCCAGCAGAUGGGCGGGGCUUCAGGAUGGCCAUUUCCUCCCAGUCCAUCAGCCUGGCAGACACUUUCAUCGGAGCAACGGUGGAUCCUGUUCUAAAUGGAGUAAAUGCCAAACUGGACCUGUUCCUGGAAAAUCUACAUGAUGUUCCUGACAUCAACUUCUUCUACAGGUCAACACAGGCCACAGCGUCAUGUGAUCAGGGUCGAAGUUCUGUCGUCACAGUUCGCUGUAGCCCGGAAAAGUCGGAGCGAGGGGAACUCUCCGUACCCAGCUGGCGUCCUGCAGGAACAUGUGAUGGAUGCACGUUUCACUUCCUGUGGGAGAGCGCCAGCACCUGCCCACUCUGCACCGAGGACGACUACCACCAGAUAGAGGGAGUGUGCAAAAGAGGCGUGCAGGUAAAAGAGAGAGAGACAACUCACCUGCUUCCUUCUCUGAGCCGGGAAUCACGGCACAGCAAACUGAACCGAGACCAUCAACAGGCGGCCCGCUGCACAACAGAUCCUGACAGACAUUUCAGCUCUCAUCCUUACGAAUGUUGUGACGAGUUGAAGACCUUGUACCUGGAGAAGCAGGAGGGCUGA